AUGAAGAACGCCUACUGCGAGGACGGAGGAGUACAACUUGAAGGCUCCCAAUUCGUGGAAACGUCGUCAUACGUAUACCUCGGACGUUCCAUGAGCAUGGAAAACGACUUGAAGGAAGAACUGAAUAGAAGAAUGAGAGCAGCAUGGGCAACAUUUACAGCCGUCAGGGAAGCUACGGACCAACUGACGGAUCAAGAUCUUCGUGUCCAUCUGUUUAACUCGACAGUUCUUCCAGCGCUUUGUUACGCAGUGGAGACGUGGGCAGACACUGCUGCCACGUCUAGGAAGCUACUUACUACCCACAGAGCCCUUGAGAGAUGUCUCCUGAAGUUUAACCGGCGCACACAACACCUUGCCGGUCUUCGCAGCUCCGACUUAAGAGGAAUGUCCCGUCUUCGCGACCCAGCGGAAUAUGUAUCGAAAGCAAAACAUAGAUGGGCUGGUCACGUUAUGAGAAGAAUCGACGACAGAUGGACUAAAAGAAUCCCAAGAGAUGCUAAACGCCCUCGAGCGAGACUGCCAACGAAAUGA